AUGGGGGGAAAGACCAAAUCCCCUGGGCAGGCGUUGCUCAACGCUUUUCCGUUCUCUUCCGAGAUCAUGUCCUACAAAAUACCCGGCGACUUUAAAUUUCCGGAACAAGCCACCUUCGACGGAUCCGGAGACCCACGCGAGCAUCUGCUUAGCUAUCAGGCCAAAAUGCAGGUCUUGGGAAUGCGAGACCCGGUGAUGUGUCGCGCCUUCUUGCCCACGCUGAAAGGCUCGGCACAAAGGUGGUUAGUGGCGCUGCCUCCUAAGUCGAUUCACAGUUUUGAGGAGUUAGCCGACCGCUUCAUGAGCCAUUAUGCGGCCAACAUCAAGCCACAGAAGGAUCUGACUCACCUGGGAGAUGUCCAUCAAGAGGAAGGCGUGUCCCUGAAAGCCUACUUGGUUCGAUGGCAAAAGGAGAUUCAGUCUAUCGAAGAGGUCGAAGAUCAGACCGCACUCACUUUUUUCAUCGAAUCUUUACGAUCCGACCAGUUGUAUCGGGAGCUGCGGGAUAACCGCCCGACUACAUACGCGGAAACCAUACACAUGGCCAAUAAACGGGCUAACACGGAGCAGGCCAUGAAGCAUAAGCGACAACGCGAAAUCGGAGGAUCCACCGGCGGAAAGAGGACCCGCGCGGAAACCAAGGAAAAGCGCCCGGAAGGGGCUCGGUGA